AUGGCUGCGGAAAUUAACCUCCAAGAAGUGGGAGCACAUCCGUCCUUCGAACGGCCAAAUCGUUUCUCUGUGCAAAUCGGCCUGUACCUCCCGGGGAUCCGCCACGCAGAUGGGUUUCAGGUGGUCGUCCGUAUCAUCCACCGGGACGAUCGCUUCAAUCAAACCGUUUCGCCUCAAGAUUUCGACCUAGAUUGGGUGGACGGUAGCGCCCUCGACCACUGGACGAAAAGCAUCCCCAUUACACCCGUUUCUGGCACACAUUAUGGUACCGAAGGCGUGUACCUGUAUCGCUUUCAACUGUGGUUCACCCCUGGCGGGGGCAGCCGACAACUUGUGACUCGGUGGUUCACUGAUCCAUUUGCAAGGGCCACCGACGUCGGGAGCCUCGCUGCCUUCACGCUCUCCAGAUCGCCGACCACUUUCGCCUGGAACGACGGCUCCUACAAAACCCCCCAGCUUGAUGACCUCGUGGUCUACGAGCUGCAGGUCGAGGAGUUCAACGACACCUUCGACGGUGUUGCGGAACGUCUGGACUAUUUUCGGAGCCUGGGAGUCAACUGUCUCGAACUCAUGCCUGUUACAAGUACCAAGCUCGAUUUCGACUGGGGAUACGGCCCUUUGCAUUACUUUGCCCCCAAUGCUCGAUUCGGGGGCCCCGAUGGCCUUAAACGUCUCGUCGACGCGUGCCACAAAGCCGACAUCGCCGUCAUUCUCGACGUUGUCUAUCAACACGUUGAUCCGUCGUUCCCAUACAAGCUUGUCUACCAGGACGUGAAAGACUUCCCUGGAACUCCCCAGAUCGAUAGUCCAAUGAUCGGAGGUGAUGGACCCUUUGGUCCGCAGAUAGCCUUCUCGAAAACAUUCGCGCAGGAUUAUUUCGCGUGCGCGAACCGCCGCUGGCUCGAAGAGUACCACGUCGACGGCUUCCGAUACGACGAGGUGACCGAUCUCUUCGUCAGCCCUACCGAUUCCGGUUACGCCAAACUGUGCUAUGACACGUAUCAAUGCUCGACACGCAUCGACCGAUUUCGACGAGAGGCAGGUAGCUACUCCCGGAUCAUCCAAUGCGCAGAGGCACUCUCCAAGGCGCGGGAAGUCUUGAGAGGCACAUAUACGAGCUGUGCCUGGCAGGACGAUCUGCUCAACAAGUCCGAAAGCAUGAUCCGCAACAAUGUCGCGGACGCGGAUUUUGCCCAUUUCCUGGAUCCGAACUUUUGUCAAUACCCCAGCACCAAAACGGUCGAAGACGCUAACGGCAAGUCGGCAGAAAUGCCCGUCGCGCCCUUUCAAUACCUGGAGACCCACGACCACAGCCAGUUGAUCGUGUUUGCGGGCACCACAGGGGGCGGAUCUUAUCCCUCAGGCGAUCGAAGCAAAUUCUACAAGCUCCAGCCAUUCGCCGUCGCGCUGUACACGCUACAGGGUGUCCCUAUGCUGUGGCAGGGUCAAGAGUUCGCCGACAACUACCAACUGCCGAAGAGCGGCGAUGAGCGGGUCGGGCUCCGGCGCGACACACACUGGGAGUUCUUCUACGAUGAAGUCGGCUCAACCCUGGUGCGGCUCUAUCGUCGCUUGGGCAUGUUGCGUCGCACCUACCCAGCCCUCCGAAGUCGAGACUCGUUCUUUUACUUCCGGCAAUCACUCCAGGGCACUCAGAUUGUCGCGUAUCACCGACAUGCGGGACCCACGUCCACCGCUCCCGAGCAAUUCGUCAUGGUGUUGCUGAAUUUUGCCGACGCCGCCGGGUCCAUCACACUCCCGUUUCCGAAGGCGGGAACGUGGACUGAAAUGAUCGACGCCGAUACCCGCACCCUCACGGUUCAAGUCCCUGUCGACGGCGCAGAGGUUUCGACCGAUGUACCCUCGCAUUACGGCCAUGUUUUCGUGUGGGCAGGCUAGUGCCUGCUGCGAAGGACCUCGUUAUUGUUUGG